GAACAAAAGCUCUACGACCUCGGCACCUCCGUCGCAGACGUCUCCCGCUCCCUCAGCACCAAAGCCGCCCACCGUCUCGCCGAAGCCGCCGUCGACCCCCGCGAGCUCCUCUGGGGCAUUCUCACCACCCUCUCCCGCAUCCGCGGAUCCCAGUCGUAUCUCUUCCCGGCCCUCGUGGAGCAAAGUCGCGGCAUCAUCAGCUUCGACUGCUCGCUUUCCGUCAGUGACUUCCUGCCGUCGUUUGGUGGCCCGCCGUCCAUCUCGUGGCGCACCGAUGAAUCCGGGUUCAAUCUUCUGGGCAUCUCGGAUAAUCUGCAGGAGCGGGAGGAGGCGGCUGGGGAGAGCAUUGUGGGGGGAACGGAGAUCUCGUUUUGA